CCAUAUACACCAGGCGGAAAUGGAUAAUAGAGACGCAAUUGAAUUUAAUUGAUUUUACGUUGUUUCCAGUGUUCGUCAAUGAGAUGUUAUCACUCAUGCACAAUACUGACUCAUGUGACCCAUGGUGUAUCGAUAUCAUCACCCGAUUUUUUUCGACCAAUCACAUUUGAUUUUUUCAAAGGAAGCAGCCUUAGACCUGGCAUAUUAGCUGGUUACAAUGACUCGACACUCCAAAAACUGCACUGCCAGUUCAGUCUACUCUUAUAAUGAGAAGAAGAAGGAUGCUAAAGCCUCAGGAUACGGAUCACUGAAAUUAUUAGGUAAAGAUGGCGUAAAGGAUUUUGACUGUUGCAGCCUCUCCCUCCACCCCUGUCGCAACCCAGUAGUAACACCAGAUGGUCAUUUGUUUGAUAAAGAAGCCAUAUUUGAAUACAUCAUCUCAAAGAAAAAUGAAAUUAGUCAGAAGAUUAAAGAAUAUGAGAAGCAGUGCAAGAAGGACCAGAGGGAACUUGCUGAGCUGGGAGAAGCAGAAAACAGGUCCCGUGUUGAGAACUUCCUUAAGACUGAAGCAGCAGUGUCAUCAGCUUCUCAGGCAGCACAAGGAGGACCAAGUACUAGUGCGGGGAAAAGUGGGUCGUCAGUCUCCAACAUGGCUUCUGGUCUGGACAAGAAGCUGCCAAGUUUCUGGAUCCCAUCUCUCACUCCAGGAAAUAAGGAAACCAAGUUGCAGAAGCCUGAUAAGACUGUCUUUUGCCCCAUCAGUGGUAAGCCGCUGAAAAUCAAAGACCUCAUUGAUGUCAAGUUCACCUUAGCUGUGGAUCCUAAUGACAAAGGUGCCCUGGAUGGCAAAAGAGAGCGAUAUAAGUGUCCGGUCACGGGCGACAUCUUGAGAAACAACGUACCUUGUGCAGUACUCAGACCAACGGGAGAUGUUGUGACAAAAGAGUGUGUGGAAAAGUUGAUAAAGAAGGACAUGCUACAUCCUCUCACUGGGGCCAAAUUGUCUGAAAAGGACAUAAUACCACUACAAAGGGGAGGAACUGGUUUCACAACAGCUAAUGAUCAGCUGAUGAGUAAAAAAGCCCGCCCUGUGCUGCAAGCCUGAUGUGGACAGUUGGUUUCUCUUUUCAUAUCCAAGAGGAAGGAUCUAGGAUAUGCAACUACUGUACUGUCUCCUCUUCCAGUUGGGGGUUUAGAAAGGUCAGCUUAUUUCACACUGUAUUACAGGUACUUGGUUAGAUUACCAGAGUGAACUGAACCUCUCUUAGGUAUUAACUGUAGAUAUAUACUGUACAUUAGUUAAUUAUUAAUAUUGUCCUAUUAUAAAUUUUGCCGUACACUUUGCUUUGAAUAUCUAAAUUAUGUUUACUAUCCGUAAAAUGUAUUUUUGAAUACAGUACUGUAGUUCCUCCAGGCACUUUGGUAUAUAAUUAGUGUAAUAAAUUGGAAUAAAAAUUAUUUGUAUGUGUUAACAUACAUACCUGUCUGCCACUGUUGUGUGGAGUGGAGCAGAAGACUCCAAGAGGUGGUUGCUAUUAGGACAGUGAAGCACAUAUUGGUUCCAGUGCUUUGCUUUGAGCCUAAAUUCUACUUAAUAAAAUUAUUUUUAUUUU